ACAAACACUGACGUAGACUAUUGGAGUAUAAAAGUCCAGGAUAAUUUAGCUCUCGCAUUCUCUGGCACCUGUGAGCGCUCAGGCUCAGACGUCCUGCCCCGAUCAGCGUCAGAACGGUCCAGGGUUCGCGGUUUCGCGCUGGCACAGAGAUGGACUCCGUGUUCAGGAGAGUCCGAAUCCAGAGCCGUCUGCUCAGACAGUGCCUGGCCGAGUGUUUGGGAGUCUACGUCUUGAUCGUGUUUGGCUGUGGGGCCGCUGCCCAGGUGACAACCUCUGAGAACACCAAGGGGCAGUACCUGUCCAUCAACCUAGGCUUUGCCCUAGGCACCACCUUUGGAGUCUACGUCUCUCGAGGCGUGUCAGGAGCUCACCUGAACCCUGCAGUCACCCUCAGCCUGUGCAUGCUGGGAAGGCACCCUUGGAGGACUCUGCCCUUCUAUGUCUUCUUCCAGGUGUUUGGGGCCUUUCUCGCUGCUGCCACCGUCGCCUUGCAGUACUACGAUGCCAUUAUGCACUUCAGCAAUGGGCAACUGACUGUAACAGGACCGACUGCCACCGCUGCAAUUUUCGCCACUUACCCUGCAGAUUACCUCAGUCUGUGGAGUGGCUUCGUUGACCAGGUGAUUGGGACUGGCACGCUGCUGGUGUGCAUCCUGGCCGUGGAAGACCGCAGGAACACGCGCAUCCCAGCCGAGAUGGCACCGCCUCUGUUCGGGCUGGUUGUCCUGGUGAUCGGGAUGUCCAUGAGCGUAAACUGCGGCGGCGCCCUCAACCCGGCCCGAGACCUGGGGCCCCGGCUGUACAGCUAUAUCGCGGGCUGGGGAGAGCAGGUGUUCUGGGCGGGGGGAAGAUGGUGGUGGGUCCCUCUGGUUGCUCCCUGUGUCGGAGCGCUGGUGGGGUCUGUAGUGUAUGUGCUCCUGAUUGAGGCACAUCACCCAGAGCUGGACCUCCACCUGGAAAAGGCCGACCAGUGCCAAACCGUGGACAACAAACUGGCUCUAGAGCUGGAGGGGGUCGAGCUGGACCUGAAUUCCCCCAAGGGCUGCCCCAACGAAGGGCAGGAGGGCAAGAAGGCUGCAAGUGGGAAGGGUGAGGAGGGGUAGUACGGACGGCUUCGUAAAUAAUUAUCACACAGACGCUUGGCAUGCAGAGCAAGCCACGGUAGCUCAGUUAGUUUGAGUCGUGGGUGCGGUCACCCAUACGCAUUUACAGUGGGCACAAUUUGUGACAUCACUAGAACCUUGCAUUCUUCUGUUGAGACACUACAGAAUUACAUCAUGUAAUGUUGUAUUACAUUACAGGUUCCAUCAUGGGUUCUGAAUGGAAUAGAAUCCACUGUUUGAUUUUGGUAAUUAGAUGAGAGUUCUGUUAGC